UGUAAAUUUCUCUCGCGAUCCUCGUUAGCCUACAAUUUACGAUCUAUGUAUAGUGUGUUCAGAUUAGUUAAUCCUUAUGUAGUUAGUCAUUAUUCCAUCUCAAGACGCUGGUAUUCGAUCAACGAGAAACUACGAAAAGUGCUCAACAAAAUGCCCCUCGAUCCCAAACACAUCGCCGAAGCGCAGAAGCAACGGUUAAAGUUGAAACAGAAAGUGGCCAAAAUAUCACCCGGCAUCGUCAAUCUGCAGGUACUGGGCUGCGGAUCCCCGGGUACUCCGGCUUCCGUGUACCUCUUCACGGACCAGACGCGAUACCUGUUUAAUUGUGGAGAAGGUACUCAACGGCUGGCGUACGAGCACAAGACGAAACUAUCCUGCUUGGAGAACAUUUUCAUGACUCGCACUAGCUGGGACCGGAUCGGAGGACUACCGGGAAUCUGCCUGACCAUGCAGGACGUCGGCGUACCCGAAGUUUCGCUACACGGUCCACCGGGACUGGGCGAGCUGUUCAAGGCGAUGCGCCGUUUCGUCAUCCUGAAGGACAUGAAGGUAGAGGCGGCCGAGUACGGUACGGGCGAUGUGUAUGAAGAUCACGUCAUGACCCUGCGGUAUGUCGUCAUCUCGCGGGAAACAGAGAAUUCAUCGAAGGAAGGUGACGAACAGGAGCAGGACGCACCGGUGGAUGACACCGAUUACUACUCGUAUGAACGGAGAAAAGAUUCCGUAUCGUCGAAAGAAGAAAGUAACCAAAAGCCCCAAGGUACGAAGUGGAUCAAACGGGAGGAGGAGAGUGUGAUGGCUUACAUCUGUAAGCUAAAGCCACGGCAAGGCCAACUCUCGCUAGAAAAAUGUGUCGAACAAGGAGUUCCGGCCGGGCCGUUGUUGGGUCAGCUGAAGAACGGCCACGACGUCACCCUUCCCGAUGGUCGUGUCGUGCGAUCGUGCGACGUACGCGCUCCUGACGAUCCUGGACCGGUGUUCAUCUUCCUUGACAUUCCUAGUGAAGAGUAUUUCAAAGAUUUCCAGCAAAAAGCGAACGUUUUUGCACCGUAUCAACAGGGGGCCACUGAAAAUUCCGAUCAUGCCAUGUUCGUUAUUCACUUCAGCCCGCUGAAUGUGAUGCGCUGCCCAGAAUACAAGCAAUUUAUGGACCGCUUCUCCGCCAGCACUAGGCACAUAGCACUGAACGAGGUGAACAGUUUCUCGGGAUACGUCGCUGCUCACCGCAUUCAGUAUCAUUUAAAUCAGCUGGACGAGCAGAUAUUCCCAAUUCUCAAAGAAGAGAACAAUGACUACAGCCAAGCGCCCGCAGAAGAUGGUCAUUUUGUCCGAUCUUCUUCGCUGAGCUACCUGCACAUUAGACCCUCAAAGGGAAUUGAAAGAACACUAGAGGCUUCACUGAAUCCUUCCGAAUAUCUGGGCGAAUUGGAUGUAUUGCCUGACUUCAAGAGCACGCUGGAGGAUUGGAAACGCCAGCAAGAGAAACAUGACGAACAGCGAGUAAGAACGAACCGAGAAAAUCAGUUUCCACGCUUGGUUUUCCUCGGCACAGGCUCUUCGAUUCCAAACAAAACGCGAAACGUUAGCGCAACAUUGAUCUUGACGAAUCCUCAAUCAUCAAUUUUGCUAGACUGCGGCGAAGGUACGGUUGGUCAAAUAGUGAGAUUUUUCGGAAAAACUCAAGCAGAAACCGUCCUACGAUCGCUGAAGGUGGUCUAUAUUUCUCAUCUUCACGCAGAUCAUCAUUUAGGGUUGAUUGGUCUGUUGCAGACACGACGAAAGCUAUUUGGUGACAGCUGUGAACCGUUAUUGUUACUCGCUCCGGAGCAAAUUUCAUACUGGCUUCGUCUGUAUGAUUGCAGGUUCGAGAGCAUCCAUAAGGAUUAUGUACUCAUUAAGAACGCGGAUAUGCUGGAAAAUCCUUUCAAAGACGAACGCCUAUUAGAAAUGGGCAUUACAGAGGUGGCUACGUGCCGAGUGCGUCAUUGUCCGCAUUCGUUUGGAGUGGCACUGAAAACAGUCGCACUCGGGAGCUCGCAUACAGAUGAUGAGAAUGUGAAGAUAACUUACAGUGGUGAUACAAUGCCUUGCGAAAGCCUCAUCGAAUUGGGCCGUGGUUCAACGGUGCUCAUACAUGAAGCCACGAUGGAGGAUGAGCUAGUGGCGGAGGCAAGACUCAAAAUGCACAGUACACUAUCGCAAGCCAUUGAACAGGGACGAAAGAUGGGUGCUCGGUACACGUUACUGACACACUUCAGCCAGCGCUACGCCAAAAUCCCACGUCUACGGCCGGAUCAGCAGCGGGAAGGUUUGGGUGCGGAUUUGGGAAUAGCAUUUGAUAACAUGGAAGUUACACUGGAUGAUCUGCCAACGCUUUGCAACAUGUACCCGGCACUAAAGGCUAUGUUUAUUAGCCACUUCGAAGAAAUGGAGCAAAAGGCUGUUAAGCGAGGCAACAAGAAGAUGCGGCUAGAGGUCGCUCGGAACGGUAGCAAAGAAAGCUCUCCGACGAGAGUCGCUUCAGAAAAGAAAUAAAGUUCAA